AUGGCAUUGGUGGUGGACAAACUGGUGGAGCAGCUGGUGAUCAUGCCGUCAGUAUCCUCAGAGCUGCUGGAGCUUCCUUGCGGCACCCUUGAUGACAAGGGCGGCCAUGAUGUGGAAAGUACUCCUUCUGAGGAGGAGCAAGGAAAGCUGAGUGACCUGCCCAAGACCGAGCAUGUUCCCUCUAUGCCCAGGAGUGAGGAGUCACUGCGGGGAGCGCAGUUGAAACUCCAGCUCGCCCGUCUCAAAAUGGAGGCGGAGGAGAAGGCUCAGGAGCGGGAGGCACGGAUGCAGCUUGAGAUAAAGCGGCUGGAAAUUGAGGCUGACACGGCAGUGAGGAUCCGUCAGCUGGAGCUGGCGCGAUCUGGGCCCACGGCGCCGGGUGGCGGUCUCGUCCCCGUCCCCGGCCUGCUCCUGAAGUUCCUGCGUUCGCUUCCCAUCCUGCACGACCAGGACUAUGCUGAGAAGCACCGCCUGCGUGAGCGCUACGGGGAUCAAACCCUGGUUCUGCCUGAGAGUGCUGAGAGGAAGAGGGUGGUCUACACCAUCGAUGAGUACAACCCUCUGCUGGACUCCUCCAACAUGACCCCCGAGGACUGGGUCAAGAUCGGGACCGACAUCGAGAAAAACUACGAGACGUACGCAGGAUUCGUGGUCCUUCACGGUACCGACACCAUGGCCUACACGGCGUCCGCCCUGUCCUUCCUGUGUGAACACCUGCGGAAACCGGUGGUGGUCACCGGCGCCCAGGUGCCGAUCUACGAGUUGAGGAACGACGGCAGAGACAACCUGCUGGGGGCGCUGCUGCUCGCCGGACAGUUUGACAUUCCUGAGGUCUCCCUGUAUUUCUACAACAAGCUCUACCGAGGGAACUGCUCCACCAAGGUGGAUGCUGAGAGCUUCGAUGCCUUCUGCUCCCCGAACCUGGUUCCUCUGGCCUCCACUGAGGCCCACAUCAAAGUCAACACGGACAUCCUGUGGAAGGACAAAUCCACGGACAAGUUCCAGGUCAGCAGACACCUGAGCCGGAACAUCGGCCUGCUCCGACUGUUCCCGGGAAUCACUGCCGCCACGGUGAAGGCGUUCCUGCACCAGGACCUGCAGGGGGUGGUCCUGGAGACCUACGGCAGCGGGAACGCCCCCGAUAAAGACCAGGACCUGCUGCAGGCGCUGAAGAAGGCCACGGACAACGGCGUCAUCGUCGUCAACUGUACGCAGUGUCUGCGAGGAACCGUGUCCAUGACCUACGCCACCGGACAGGCGCUGAUGGACGCCGGCGUGAUCUCUGGAGGGGACAUGACUCCGGAGGCCGCUCUGACCAAACUGUCCUACCUGCUGGGGAAGACGGGCCUGGACACCAAGACCAGGAGGACGAUGAUGGAGGAGAACCUGCGAGGCGAGAAACACACCGACCUGCCCGGAGGUCUGAAGGUCUCUGCAGGUCGGCGUCCCGGACGAGAGGAAUGA